AUGAUAGUUUCAUUCACAUUAUCAAAAGACAAUAAGUAUCUUCUUGUUAGUCUCGUGAAUGAAGAGUUACAUCUUUGGAACAUCCAGGGGCAUAUCCGUCUUGUUGCAAAGUAUAAGGGGCAUAGACGUUAUCAGUUUAUUGUUAGGGCUUGCUUUAGUGGACUCGAUCAGUCAUUCAUUGCUAGCGGGAGUGAAGAUUCUCAGGUUUAUAUAUGGCACAGGGGAUCAGGGGAGUUGAUUGAGACAUUGGAAGGGCAUUCAGGGGCAGUUAACUGCAUCAGUUGGAAUCCUGCAAAUCCACAUAUGUUGGCAUCAACAAGUGAUGAUCGAUCAAUACGUAUAUGGGGGUUGAAACAGUUACAUGUGAAACAGAAAGGUAAAGGGAAAUUGGAUUUCUGUUUGAAAAGAAAUAACAACGACCAGUCGACCACGGCCGCCGCCAAAUUCCCAUCUCAAAUCCUACUCUUGAUCGUUCUGCAACAAUAUCCGACUUCCUCUAUGGCGGACACACCUUUGCUUCUAGAAACCAGGUUCAGUUUCAACCCUUCGCUCCAACAGACGUUACCUUUGCCCCCACUUCGGUCUUUCCCAAUCAAAUUGUUGUCUGGCAAUAAUAAUGUUUUAAAGUUGAACUACUCUCCUUACAAGGUGAUCAGGUAUUCCUCGAAACUGAAAAUUAAAUGUUUCUUUAUGAGCCCUAAGCCCAAAGGGGAAUAUGGCAUUGGUGGAAAUCCAUGUCGACAGGAUAACGAUAUUAAAGCGGUUGCUAAUGAAGUGUUUUGGAGAUCAAUAAAAAAUGUCCAGAAGGCCUUACAAUUUCCCGUCGUAACGGGGGUUUUAUUGGGUUUGUUAAUCUUGUACAAUCGUCAACAUGGCUGCGUUGCUUUGGCUGCUUCCGGUGGGCGAAUGGGUGGGAGCUCAUUUUCUUCUUCGUCGUCAGAUUCUUCUUAUUGGUCGUCUUCUUCUUCUUCUUCAUCUACACGGCCAUCUUCGUCGGAUUCUUCUUAUUCUUCGUCUACAUGGCCGUCAUCCUCAGAUUAUUCUAAUUGGUCGUCUUCUUUUACAAGGCCGAAGUCGUCAGAUUCUUCCUAUUCUUCGUCUACAAGGCCUUCGUCAGAUUAUUCUUAUUCGUCUAAAAGGCGGAAAACGUCAGAUACUUAUUAUUCGUCUUCAACGUCUUUUGAAGGUGGUUGUAGUAGGCCAGAGGUUGGAGUUGAUGACAUUCCAAUACUCUUAUUCUUUUUUAUAAUGAUUUUGUUUGCUGUAUAUUCGGCUAUGGCGACUCAAACGGAUGGAAGAUCCUCAAGGUCACCUACUCCGCCUGCCGAGAAAACAAGUGUUCUCAAGCUGCAGGUUGGAUUAUUGGGCACGGCUAAAUCACUACAAAGGGAUCUCAAUCGGAUUGCCGAGACCGCUGAUACAUCCAGCCCUUGGGGCUUGAGCUAUAUAUUACAAGAGACAACACUAGCUCUACUUCGACAUCCUGAUUAUUGCAUCUCUGGUUAUUCAUUUGUGGAUGAAAAGUGGAGCAUAGAGGAAGUUGAGAAAAUAUUUAAUCAAUUUUCUAUUGAAGAAAGGGGUAAAUUUAAUGAAGAGACACUAGUCAAUGUGAACAAUAUCAGAAAGCAAAGUGCAAGAAGCAAAAGAUCUAAUGGAUUCCGUAAUGAGUAUAUUGUGAUUACAAUCGUUGUGGCAGCCGGUGGCGAACAUAAACUGCCGCCUAUAAACAGUAGUGCACAAUUAAAAGAAGCAUUGCAAAAGAUAGCAUCUAUCCCUUCAACCAGAAUUAUGGCAGUGGAGGUGUUAUGGACCCCACAAAUGGAAAAUGAUACUCUUACACAACAAGAAUAUAUUGAAGAUUAUUGGAUGUUGCAUCCUCUGUAG